AUUCAGCCUUGCCUGCGCUUGCGAGCGCGAAAUAUCCCAAUGGCUCCACUGCUUCCACCACCGUCAUGGCACAGGGCACCGUAUAUGUCUCUCAGCCCUAUCGCUCGUCCUCGCAGAACAAGCUCCGCGCCAUGGUCACCUUCGCCCCCCGCAAGUCCCUCUUCGACAUCUCCAACGAGUCCACUACGUCGAAUCAGUUCCGCGGCUUCUUCACCCUCUUUUGGCUCUCGCUCUUCAUCUUCGCCGUCCGCACCUAUGUCCGCAGCAUAGAGCUCAACGGCUGGCCCCUCAACUUCGAGUUCGCGUCCAUGUUCACCAGCGAUGGCCUCACACUCGCCCUCUCCGAUGCCGUCCUCGUGCUCAACACCGGCCUGUGCGUGCCCUUUGCGAAGGCGAUCGCGAAGGGGUGGAUCAGGUACUACCCCAUCGCCCUCGUCAUCCAGCAUCUCUGGCAGUGCGCCGUGCUUGCUCUCGCAGUGACAUGGACGUUCAACAGACACUGGCCGUGGGUCCAGUCAGGGUUCCUUACCCUCCACUCAUUUGUCAUGAUCAUGAAGAUGCACUCGUAUCUCAGCACCAAUGGCGAGCUCGCCCACGCGAACAGCCAAGCCGAACGUGUCCUCGACCAGCUCCAGAAGGCGACCGAGUCCGAAGGCGGUUGGGACACUGCGCUCAGGAAGGCAGAGGCCGCGAUGGUCCACUCGGAUGUCCCUAUUCCGGCAGGCACGCCCGACAUACCCGAGGACGCGCCCGCAGGCAGCACCACCUCGUACGUCGACGCGCGCACCGCCGUCACCCUCCGCCAACGGCUGAAGACCGCCGCGGCGGAGAACGAGGGGGCGAACGGCGGGCCCGGGGUGAAGACGACGGGCACGCGCGUGCUGCCGCUGAACCCGGCGGGGAUCGCGACGCACCCCCCAACGCCGUCCGAGAUCCUGUCGCACCACCCCAACGCGCAGAUCGCGGCGCUGGCGAAGACGCACGUCGAGCUGGAGCGCGAGCUGACGGGCCCGGUGGAGGGCAAGGUGCGGUGGCCGGCGAACGUGUCGCUGCGGGACUUUGCGUGGUACCAGCUGACGCCGACGCUGGUGUACGAGCUCGAGUACCCGCGCACGGAGCGGAUCCGGCCGCUGUACGUGUUCGAGAAGACGGUCGCGUUCUUCGGGACGUUCGCGCUGCUGUACACGAUCGUGGAGACGUUCAUCAUCCCGCUCACGCCGACGCCGGACCAGAGCUUCGUAAGGAGUUUGUUGGACUUGUCGAUGCCGUUCAUGAUCUCGUACUUGCUGCUGUUCUACAUCAUCUUUGAGUGCAUAUGCAACGGCUUCGCGGAGCUCAGCUACUUCGCGGACCGCAACUUUUACGACGACUGGUGGAACUCGACGUCGUGGGACGAGUUUUCGCGCAAGUGGAACAAGCCGGUUCACACCUUCCUCCUGCGCCACGUGUACGCGUCGACGAUGAGCUCGUACAAGCUCUCGCGCCAGAGCGCGAUGUUCCUCACGUUCCUGCUCAGCGCGGCCGCGCACGAGCUCGUCAUGGCCGUCGUGACGAAGAAGAUCAGGUUCUACUUGUUCGUCUUGCAGAUUGCGCAGAUCCCGCUCAUCGCGAUAGGGCGGAUCCCCGCGAUCCGGCGGAACAAGCUGCUCGGAAAUCUAGUGUUUUGGCUCGGGCUGUACGCCGGCUUCCCGCUGCUCUGCGUCGCGUACUGCGCGUAUUGAGCGGGGCGGGGGAGGGGCGUGCGGCGAACACACAUCCUACUACGCUUUUGCCUUUGCUAGGCUCUCAUCUGUCUAUCUCACACGCGCAAUCUCAAGACGCCACACACACCUAUCUUGCAUACGGGCACCCCGCGCAGGGACGGGAGACUCGCGACUAUGACCGUGACGAACAGAGAUGCAGAUACCCUAGCGAGCCCCUUUGGUUCCGGUGCUCGACAUGUUAUUUAAUUCCGGUAUCCUUCACAUCACGUAUCUGUACGUCCUCGAUGUUGGGAGCAUAGCGUCCCUCCCCCCUUACCAUACUAAUUCGAAUAAUAUUGCUGGUCGCGCU